UGUGUGAGUUUGUGUUUGCCUUCUUAGCGCACACAAAUAAAAACUCAAUACAAAGAGAAUUCGAAAUAUUCUUUUGGGGGGGACAAGUUACACGUGUACAUUGGAGUAAAAGUGUAGGUAAACAUGGCUGGAGUCUGAUGAGUCAGACACAAGAAGGGGCAGCUUAAGAACUGUCAUUCAGUUCUCUGUUAUUCUCACUUAUCUCAUCGUCUGAAAAUAAUUUUCGCAGUAUACUUAAGUGAUUACUAAAAUGAUUUUAAUUUCAAAGGAAAAGACAGUUUCAAAAAUCAGUGUCGUUUAGAAAAUAUUUUCGAAUAAUUCAAAGGAGUUUGAGACUGGGGACAAAAAAAAAUAGAAGUAAACAAUGGAGCAAGAAGAUAACCGUCCUAAGUGGUUGCAGGAGUUGGAAAAUCGUAAAAGAAAGCCCCGUUUGGCUCACGAGGCAGGUGCUGGUUCACCUUGUCUAGUCUGCACAUCUGCAUGUCCUGGAUUAGAUCUGCAUUUUUGGAGGAAAAUUUGCAAAAAUUGCAAAUGCGACCGUGAUGAUCACGACGUAAAUGACAAUGAAUUUCCUCAAUUCGAUCUUCUUUUUGGUCCAUCCGCAAAGUCGAAAAAUCGUUCAUUUUUUCUUCGGGUCAAAAAACAAAAUCAAGACGAAACUCCAUUCGAAUGGAUUCCACCAAAUACUUCAAAAGAACUUGCUGCCGAUUAUAUGAAAGCUCUUCCUGAUGAAAAAUUGCCAAUUAAAGGCUCCGCUGGCGCUGCCUUUCGGAGACAACAACUUCAGAAACAAUUGCCAUUGCACGAUAUUGAUCAUGAGGUGUGUGAUCAAUUGAGCGAACAAGAAAGAACACAAUUCCAGGAGUAUUUACAGAAUUUGAAGAAUUACGUCGGUCAGGGAAAAGUUAUCAAGUCAUUGGGUGCACGACCGUUCAGUAAAUCGCUAAUGACUCCAGCGAAUGCCACAGACGUUCAACAAUUCAGUCCUCAGCACAAAGUGGGAAUUUUAUCUUCCGGAGUCGGAGUGAAUCUUCGCACGCCCAGUAGUUUUAUUAACAAAACUCCAAAUACAUUCCAAUAUUCGUCAACAGAACCACCGCCACUUCCUUUGUCGCAACCACCAAAUAAUUCACCUCUACCCUUAAAUCUACAAUCAAUCGGAGCUGAAUACAGAGAAAGUUCAAGUGAAUCACUUCCUAACAGAUCACAAACAUCAAGUAUUCUCAAUAAAUCCCUACCAUCAAAUGUCGAGUUCGUACGAACGCAAAUGUUGGAAAGUUCACUGGAAAAUUCCCCCCAGGGACGCUAUCAUCGUGCACUAAUCAACACGCCAAAUGAUUCAAAAUUUGUUAAAUCGGAAACAAUUGACGAUGUGAAUAUUCCACAGAAAUCGAAAAUAUUUUCCCCAGGGGCAAAGAGAAUUUCUGAGGCAAGUUCAAGAGUUGAAACAACUGGUGGUAUUGAUUCCUUCGUGGUGGACUCUGAUCAUCUUCCUCAAGAUCUUGCAGAGAAAAUGUUGUCUGAAGCACUUUUACCGCCGAGUGCCAUACACGCUGCUGAUAUCAUUGGAAGUACUCUCGAUGAAAAGGGACUGAUGUACAUAAGGGAAAAAUUGAAUUCAAUGAAUAGUGGUAAGGAGGACAUUGAACAACAGGGUCCAUUCAGAAGCCGUGAACUUGAGGGUCUGCCGAAGCAGGAAAUUGAGAAAUUGAUCAACACGAGGCAUGAAGUUUCAAACUCUAGAAGCGAAUUCCUGCCGCAAAUGUCGAGUCAUCAAGGAAAAUCGGUUUCUGCCUACGCUUCGGAUGUGUUGAGAGAAUCACUAGCCAAUGCCCAUCAGUCCUUCAGUAACGAACAAAAAUUACAGUCCGCACAUUCCUCGCACCCAGUUCGAAAUAUUUCAUCAAUCGCCGAUUCUUCUCCAGCAAAUUCUCCUGCAAAUGCGAAAUUAAGUAAUUACGGUUCGAUACCAACUUGUGUGAUAAAUUCAGAGGAAUUGUAUAAUCCCAUUUUCCCCGAGGAAGCUGUCGGUGGAUUUUCAUCACUAAAUUCGAGUAGUGUCGAUCAACUAGCCGAGGAGUUGGAAAAUUCCGGCAUUAUUCCAACGAAGCAAAAUUGUCACAAGUGCCAUGAGGAAAUUAAUGUCGGCGAUGUUGUAGUGACAGCAGAGAAAGCGAAAAACGAAGUCUGGCAUCCUGGAUGUUUUGUUUGUACCGUUUGCAAUGAAUUGCUCGCUGAUUUGGUAUAUUUCUUUUAUAAAGGUCAACUCUACUGCGGCCGGGAUCUCGCGACGCAUUUGAAUAUUCAAAGAUGCUUCGCCUGCGAUGAGUUAAUAUUCACGUCGAUGUACACGGUCGCCGAGGGUCACACUUACCACGUGAAACACUUUUGUUGCUGGGAUUGUGACGAGCCACUUGCAGGAAAGCAAUACACGUCAGAAAACGAUCGUCCCCUGUGUCUUCCAUGCUAUCAGAAAGUAUACGCAAAAAUUUGCGGCUCCUGUAAUCAGGCAAUCGCUGCCGAUCAACAAGGCGUGGCCAUUAAAAAUUUAGACUUUCACGUUGACGAAAAAUGUUUCUGCUGUUUUACAUGCAAAAAAAGUUUACUGAACGGUAAGAUUGGUAUAAAAGAAAAUAAACCAUUUUGCAGUAAAGAAUGUAUUACAAUAUUUCAGAAUCAAAAGUCAUGAAUUCUUAUAUAAACGAAAACUUUUACAUAUACAAUAAUAAACUUAAUGAAUAAUUUUACAAAAAAGAUUUUUUUUUUUACCGAUUUUACAUAAUAUAAAGAAGGAAAAUUAUAAUUUAUUUCAUCUUAAUUUUGAAAUAAAAAAUAUUCAUUCACAA